UAUAAAACUGUGAAAAUUUGUAAUAUAAAAGUAUUCAAAACUGUAAUUAAAACGAAGUAACAGAAAUGAGAAUACAUAUUUUUUUAUUUCUUACUUAAGGGGAUUUAAAUGGGGAUUUAGAAGAAAAAUGGGGAUUUUUUGGGGAUAACUGCGGCUCGAUAUGGGAAUGCGCUAUACACAAAUUCUGGCAACACUCUGCUAUUUCCUCUCCCUAUCGGCGUCUAUACAUUUCAUUUCUCAUAAAAGUCGGAGCGGCAUCACUCGUGUUCAAAAAUUCCUUUGUAAAAAUUGGGCUAAAUUAUUGGAAAUCUAGUUUAUUGAAAAAGUAUUAAUGUACAGAGGCUAAAAUUAUAAAAAACAAAUAAAUUACGUUAUUUGAGCUAAAAGAAGAUUAUACAUAUCAACGACAAAUACAUAUAAACAAACAAAGCAAGUGCAAUGGAGGGUCGUCGCACUAGCGGACGUCGAAAACGUAAUGAAGAGCCGGGAGCAGCCUCUACCGAAAAGGUUAGUACUACAAGUACGCAUAUCAAUGUUUCCAACAAGAGAAGUUCGUCAAAAACAAAUGUUUCUCCUCCGAGGCGAACCUCACCUGGGCGCACACGCCGCUCAUCGCGGCCACGUGCGUCAAAUUUAGCAUCAGCCCCGUCUACGACAACAAUUUUGAUUAGGUCGUCUCCCGUAUCCCAUCCCUCUCCCAUCAAAGAGGUAAAAGAGACACCUUCGCCAAAAACGACCGCAUCCAAAACCCGAAUACCCACUGCUGUUGGUUCUAAUGUCAAUUCAGCCGGUAGAAGUUCGCCGCGUUUCACAACAAAGUCGACGUCUUCAUUGCACAGCACUUUUAGCAGCAGUAGCACCCAAAAGACCUUUGAGAUACGUUCGAAUACCUCAGCAUUGGACGCUGAGUUCAAAAAGUUGUCAGAUUAUAUAAGGCGAUCUGUUUCAAAAACGAUCGGAGGUGUUAGACGCGAAGGCACACACACUCCGACUACAAACACUGAAGUGGAAAGUCGUUAUAGUCGCUCUAUAUCGCGGUCUAUCUUUGAUGAUGGCGCCUCGUCCAAGGCAGAAUUUUCUGAUAACGAACCAAAUGAUCCCGCGGACGAAGAUGACGAAGAGGAAGGUACAGAACACUAUAAAAGCUUCAAUAUAAGCACCCAGCACUCAUACUCGACUUCAGCACUGGGACAAAAUUGUCGCCAACUGGAGAUACCAAAAGAAUUUGGGGGCUGGGCGGGUACGACAUUACUAAUGCUAUUGGUUCCCUGUAUUGUUUAUUAUUUGCAAUCGAGUUGUCAGAAAAACGUGUGCGAGUUGAGAUGGCCCAAUUUCGAACUUGAUUCGCCAGGAAAAAGCACUCUCUGGAAAUCGAUAUUCAACAAUGAAGCAGUUGCUGCAUAUAUCUUUUUUCAGCUAGGAGUAUUUGUGCUCUCCGCAUUGUUAUUUGGUCGAUAUGUUCGACUACCGACUGAUCGAAUUAGCGGUAUUGGUGGUAUACAAUAUGGCGCUGAAUAUAAAUUUAAUGUUUUGCCUAUUGCAAUCGUAAUUACGUUGGGAGCUGGUUGUGCAGAGUAUCUGAAUUAUCCAUUGGCUACCUUCGUACUAGAACAUCAACUACGAUUUUGUAUAUAUGGAUUUAUUAAUGCAUUCAUUUUAUCAUUAUGGGCUUACUUACGAUCAGACAUGUUAAAAAGCAAAUCGACCCAAGCACAGCUUAAUAUUUACGGUAAAACUGGCAACUUUCUAGUUGAUUAUGCACAAGGCAGGCAAUUAAAUCCCAAAUGGUUAAAUUUGGUUGAGUUUAAACUGGUAUUUUAUCGUGUCGCAUUACUAUCAACUCUGCUUUACGCCGAAUGUUAUUUGUACAAACAAUUGUCGCUGACUUGGAUACCGGUAAAUGAAGGUGGAAUUUGGAACACUCUGUUAUAUUAUUAUGACAAUGUGCGGUAUGAUAGUGCAGCGUUGCUUACUUCGGGCAUGCUUGUAGUCUAUAUAAUGGAUGCUAUUAUUUUUGAGCACCAUUUGGCUUCGUCAUUUGAAAUGCAAGGAGAGGGAUUCGGAGCUUUGUUGCUAUUGCGCUAUGCAGCUACACCUUACUUACUGACCGCGGUAGCACGUUACUUCUACGAGCAAAAACAUAGCAGUUAUCGACAAUCGACUACACCACUAGUUUGCUGUUUUGCUGGUUAUGUAUCUGUGGCAGUUCUGAUUACUGGUUUGUUACUUAAACGUAUAAGUAGCGCUAUCAAAUACAAAUACCGCGUAAAUCCCUCAAAUGCAUACUUUGUCGGCGUCGAGACCAUACACACUUUCCAGGGACGUCGCCUAUUGCUCGGCUCGUUAUGGGGCCGAAUACAUCAACCUAAUUACGCCGGAGAUUUACUUGCGCUGUGCGCUCUUGCUUUGCCGCUGUUUCUUCGCUUCGCUUGGCCACCGCUGAUUUGUAUACUUCUCUUAUGGACCGUAUUGCUACAUCGCACACAACGUGUGCAAGUGCGUAACAUGUCACGCUAUCAUUCAUCAUGGGUGCGCUACUGUAACAAAGUGCGAUAUUAUAUCUUGCCAAAAGUCUAUUGAACAGCAUACAUACACAUCCAUAUGUAGAAGUGCAAUGAGAUUGCAAAUAGGCCAGCAGGUUUUUAUUUUACAAAUCUAUAGUGCAUAGAAAUUAUAUGAGUACAAAAUUAAGGAAUCUAAAUUAUUUUAAAUUGGUUCAUUCGUCGACCUUAUCACGUGUGGAAGUAAUUAUAAUACUACAUAGUAAACAAAACAACAUUACAUUAUUCUGGAAAAAAUCAAGAAUAAUGUCUAGUUCUUAAAUUGAUUUUAUCUUCUAUUUGACUAAAUUUAUCGUAUGUAUAUAUUAAAAAAAAUAGUAGUAUAAUCGUGAAAGGGGCAAUUUUAUAUGAAACAGUUCAUAUUUUUAUAUGCUUGACAUUAGGAGACAUGUUUACACAAUUAAGUGUUU